CGAAGGGGCUGUCUUUUAAAGGAGAGCCGGUUGGGUCACACUCCACGUGAUUAUGUGUACCGUCCUUUAGUUGAGCUCUAAGGUGCACGUAGUUUUAAGCGAUACAAAAUCAAACAAUGUCCAACCCCAGUUCUUCUAGCAAGCCUUCGAAUGAUGCGAACCCACAAGUGUUCCUAGAUGUUGACAUCGGCGGAGAAAGAGUUGGACGCGUCAUAUUGGAGCUCUUUGCAGAUGUUGUCCCAAAAACUGCAGAAAAUUUCCGUGCACUUUGUACUGGAGAAAAAGGCACUGGCGCAACAACAGGAAAGCCACUCCAUUUCAAAGGAUGCCCUUUCCACAGGAUAAUUAAGAAGUUCAUGAUCCAGGGAGGUGAUUUUUCAAAUCAAAAUGGAACUGGAGGAGAGAGUAUUUAUGGAGCAAAGUUUGACGAUGAAAACUUCCAUUACAAGCAUGACAGGGAAGGCCUAUUGAGUAUGGCAAACGCAGGACCUAAUACUAAUGGGUCUCAGUUUUUUGUCACUACUGUACCUACUUCUCAUCUGGAUGGAAAGCAUGUAGUGUUUGGCCAGGUGAUAAAAGGGAUGGGAGUAGUAAAACUUCUUGAGUCUAUGGAAACACAGGACGAUGUGCCAGUCAAGCCUUGUAUAAUAGCUGAAUGUGGAGAGCUUCAGGAUGGAGAUGACUUGGGAACUGCACCUUUAGAUGGCUCUGGUGACGCCUACCCUGACUUUCCCGAGGAUUGUGAUAUUGAUUUUAAAGAUGUUGACAAAGUUGUGUCUCUUGCAGAAGAUAUAAAAAAUAUUGGAAAUAAUUUAUUCAAAAUGCAGAACUGGCAGGCAGCAAAUAAGAAAUAUUCAAAAGCUUUAAGAUACUUAGAAGUCACAAAGGAAAACAUAGAAAAGGAGGAGGAAUUAAAGAAGAAGCUGGAGACUAAAGCACUGAGCUGCAUUUUAAAUGUUGCUGCCUGUAAACUUAAGCUUCAGCAGUGGCAGGAAGCCAUUGACAGCUGCACUGAGGCCCUCACAUUAGAUCAUUCAAACACUAAAGCUCUGUACCGAAGGGCACAAGCCUGGCAAGGAAUUAAGGAAUAUGACAAGGCACUGGUUGAUCUAAAAAAAGCACAAGAGAUAAACCCAGAAGAUAAAGCUGUACAUAAUGAGAUGCUGAAAGUGAAACAGAAAGUCAAGGAAGAAAAAGAAAGGGAGAAGAAAGCCUACGCCAAACUGUUUUCUUGAAACUUUUUCCGGUAAAGAUACGGGGUCCGCCUGUUUCAUCGUUGACACUUUAAUUCUUCCUCUUUUAAAAACUGUGAGGAAAGUGAAAAGCAACAGUGUGUUCAUGCAAAAAUGUCGGGUGUGUUUUAGAUGGGUAGAGACAGAGAAGAUGCUCACUCCAAGUUUCAGAAUUUCCAGUAGGUUUGCUUUUUAGCAUCUUUUAAAUAUCUUUUUGUGUUGGAAUACUUGCUUGACGCGUUAAAAUUAAGGAACAAAAAUGUUCUGUUUUUUUUGUGUGCGGAAUAUACUGUAGAUCCUCAACUUUGGUUCUCGUGAACCGAUCCAUAGAUUUAUAACAAUCAUGUUGUUUUAUUCAAGCAAAAUCACAGCAUACACAAAAGCAUUUCAGGUACCUCCUGCUUAAUUUAAUGUUAUGUUUAAAGAAAAUUAAUUAAAAACACAAACGUCUACCAUCAUUCACUGGAGUUACCGUGCAGUGAGGUGUGAUUUGGUAACUUGUGGCCUAGCAGGCAGAACACAACGGUUAGUUGCUUCUCAUCAGCAGGAAAAUAAACCACAGACAUUGUAAUGCUUGGCUGUCAUUUGAAUGAAAUGCUGACCUCGGGUUACUGUGGCGUAAAAUGAUCCUGUUGGCCUGGCCUCCCUGUGAACUGAUCGUUUUCAAAUGCAAAUGGAUUUUACGAUUCAUUCUUGGUUUUGUGUUAUCAGUUACCUUGAAUAUUUCUUUAUUAAAAUAACAUUCUCAGUUAA